ACUCAAAGGGGCAAGAAUGGAUCCUUCAACCAACUGUGGAAGUAUCAUCAGCUCUAUGCCAGAUGAGAUCCUCCACCACAUCCUCUCAUUUCUUCCGACCAGUCUCGCGAUCAGAACUUCCGUCUUGUCAAGACGAUGGAGGCAUGUCUGGUACAACACACCUUGUCUCGACUUUUACCGCUGCAAACGGAAAGCGACGGCUGAAGGGAUAGACCAAACCCUAAGUUUGUACAGGGCUCCGAAGAUCACGAGCUUCGAACUUGGCAUGCCCCAUAGUGUCCCUGCUGAUCAACAACCCCAUGCGAUUAAUAGGUGGAUCGAGUUCGCUGUGUCUCGUAAUGUGGAGAAGCUGUCUCUGCACAUUCAGGUACCCGCGAGUUAUCGUUUCCCAGAUUGCUUCUAUCUUAGUUUCUCUUUAGAGGAACUCAGCGUGAGGCAUGUUUAUGAUAUGCUUCCCGGAUGCACAGUGUCUUGGAAAUCCCUAAGGGAUUUGACAUUGUUUUGUUAUAAUCGCUUUGAUGAAAUUGCUAAUAUUCUCUCUGGCUCUCCAAAUCUUGAAACCUUGAGAUUGUUUGGGUGUGUUGGUCUACUUGAUCUGAGGAACUCACUGAGUCUGAGGACUUUAGAGAUACAUCCGGGAUUGGCUCGCUAUUCAGAAGCAAUGGAGAUUAUUGCACCACACGUCCAUCAUUUGCAUCUCAGUUGCAGAGAGCCAGAGGAAGAGGAACCAUCUACUUUAGUGGAUGUCUCUUCUUUGACGGAAGCUAGCCUCGGCAUUUUCAAUACUCACCAUAGUUUCGAUGAUCAUCUGAUGGCUGACUCUCUUCAAACCAUGGUGCUACAUAUGCUAGCAAAAUUGCAGAACGUAGAGAGGCUAACUUUUGGGGGAACGAUUCUUCAGGUUCUAUCUCUUGCUGAGCUCCGUGGUGUUCCUUUUCCAACGCUCAAGGUCCAAACUUUGAAUCUUCAAACCACUUUUACCAGAGCUGCUAUUCCUGGUAUAGCAAGGUUACUACAGAAUUCACCUGGAUUGAAGAAUCUUACAGCACACGCAACAACCUUGGCCAUAAUAAAGGAUGAGGAUCUGGAGAGCUAUUUGGAGUCACGAGACUUGAAUCCGGAUCAAUGUUGGAUAUCAAAAUAUGACAUGUUUCCUACCUCACGUGAGUUUAAUGCGAUGAUAAGAUGUUGUAGUAAAAUGGAUGCAGCGUCCCAAGUUGUGGCUUUGUUCAAGGAAAUGGUGCUGAGAGAGGUUAAAACACUAGAGACGAUGGUUGUAAAGAAAAGAUAUUUUGAGAUUCGAUGGCCACGGCUGAAAAUUUCCGGCAGCAAGACGGCGCCACUGGCUGCCUCAGCGAUCAGAACCUCCGUCUUGUCCAAGCGAUGGAGGCGUGUUUGGUGCGAGACACCUUCUCUCUCCAUUGAUAGCCAUCAAGUGGUCACCAGAUCGAUAAACAAAUCCUUAGCUAGCUUCUCGGCUCCCAAAAUCACGAGUUUCCAUCUCCGAACCAGCCUAGUCAAUAGGAUUCAGUCUGUCGACAGCUGGAUCGAGUUCGCCAUUUCCCUCGACGCCGAGAAGCUCUCUCUGGAGUUUCGUGAUACUCGUGUCAGGGAUUACAAUUUUCCUGAUUCCUUCUACACCAAUUCCACCGUGAAGCAGCUCUUUGUCGACUCGGGAUCUGUUGUUAUGAUCCCCAGGUGCGCCGUUUCUUGGGCAUCUCUAAAGUUCCUGUCUUUGAGCUACUGUAAGCUUUCCGAUGAAUCCCUUCUUAAGAUUCUCUCUGGCUGUCCACUGCUUGAAACCUUGGAACUGCUGUUUUGCGAUGAAUUCCGGUGCCUUGAUCUGAGCCAGUCACCGCGCCUAACGAGACUGGAGAUGGACCGGAGCGAUUGGUUUCUCGGGCCAACAGAGAUUGUGGCACCACACGUGCAUUGUUUGAGAUUGAGACACUCGAGGUUGCCGUGUAGAUUAGUGGAUGUCUCUUGUUUAACCGAAGCGAACUUGAACAUUUACUUUUGCGAUCUUGGAACCCUUACGGCUGAUUUUCUUCAAGGUAACGUGGUAAAGAUGCUUGCAAAGUUGCAGAAUGUGGAGAAGCUUACUGUUGGGGCUACCUUUCUCCAGAUGUUAUCUCUUGCCGCGCUCUGUGGUGUACGUUUUCCGACGCUCAAGGUCGAGUCUUUGACUCUUGAAACGAUGAUCGUUCGGUCUGUUGUUCCUGGAAUAACGAAGCUUCUACAGAACUCACCUGGAUUAAGGAAGCUAACAAUUCACACCGUGAAAUGCAGUAUCAUUUCGGAAGGGCAUCUCAACAGUUAUUUGCGUUCACAUAGCUUGAAUCAGCGUCAAUGCUUUAGAUCGAAAGAUUUGGCCUUCCCGGGAUCUAUUGAGACCAUAUCAAUGUUGGUGGGUAAAUAUGCAGAGUCCAGCCUUGUGGCUUCGUUCAUGGAGCGUUUACUGAGAAACACAAGAAGUCUAGAAACAAUGGUUGUGCUCUUGGUAGGUUACCUUGACGCAUCAGGUUUUGAAGAGCUUGUUGCGAUGGCUACAACACUUUCUCACAGCAGCAAUGUCUUCAUUUCGAUCAAGCAAAGCCAUGUUAAGAAUGUAUGCAACACUUUCUCAUAACGGUAAUGUAGGAUCAUCAAUUGAUCAAGCAAUAGCCAUUGUUAAAUAUGUAUCAUAAGGAAUAAUCUCAUACAACAUUGUAUACAGAAAAUCUCUUUAAUUCAGAUUAAUUGUAUUUUAAUUAUUCUUGUA